GGAAGGUGAAUACUUUCACAAGCCACUGUACCAGUUGGCUCAAAGCAGCUACGGUUUGGUAGCUAAAAUGCCAAUAUAUGUCAGUUGCUUAGCACUGGUAUGACAGUGGUUGUGUUCAUAUAAACUGUACAGACUGCUGAUAGCACUUCUCAUUUCUCACCUCCCUUGAUCAGAAUAGUAAUAGCCCGUACACUUCCUGUGUAUGUAUAAAACCAUGGGUCUUUGUACAGGAUAGUAUUACAUUGUCUCCAGACCCACACAAGGCCAGGGCUAUACAGUGUAUGCAGAGACUUGGACAGAUUAGGAGGAAAGAUCAGACGUCAGGGCUCUUAUGGCUCGCUUCAACACAGGAGGAGGCAGCCCCAUGGAGGGAGGGGUUCACCCUAAACUGGCAUCCCACUCCAGCCUCUCCACUAGUUCCCCUCUCUUAGCCAAGCUAGCUGCCCUGGAGAAGAGCCGAUCAGGAGGAGCCCUGACCACCACUAACUCCCCUGCAACUAAGCCUGUGUUUCAGAAGAAAUUUGAGACCACAGCCAGAGAAGAUGUAGGAACCUUGUUCCCCAAACCCCAGUCCUUCAAACCCAGGCCUGUGGAGACCAUCAGGGACACAGAGUCUUCAGGGCCUGCGUCCUCUUUCACUAUACCUCCUCUGAAAAGACCUGUCAACACAGCCUUUCCGGACAACAAGGUCAAACUGGCUCCGGCCUCAGGCUCAGCCAAACCUCCGUGGGUAAAGGACAGUGAGUCAGAAAACACCCCUACACUCCCUAAACUGCCCUUAGCCCUCAAACCAAAGAUCUCCAUCGCAUCACUGCAGUCCAACCUUGACCAAGAGACCCCGACGGAACAUCCAACACCAUCCACCCCCAAAUUGCGCCCGAUCUCCAUGUCCAAAUUCCUUCCACCCCACACCCAGCAGAACUCCCUCUCUAGACAGGAAAGUGAAGCAAGCCUCCCAACUUUGAACUCUAGCAAAUGUAUGCCUCCCCAACCUCCUCUCACUCUGAAACCCAACUUCCUGACAGCGCAAGCUGGAGCGAGGGAUGAACUGGUCCCUCAUGAAGAGAAUGAUGAUCCCUCUGCCCCUAAGAAGAAACCCCUGCCUAAUGUGUUUUCUCUGGGGGACCCUCCUCUGAAACCCAACAGGCCUCCCCAUGUUACCUUACAGAUGUUUAGGACUGAAGGUCCUGAGUUGAGCGCAGCGGGGCCUCCUCCUCCUCCCCACACCAGCAGUUUCCCUGCACCUCUGACUCCCUGCCUCCUCUCUAACUCCCCUGCAGCUAUAAUCCAGCCCAACCAGGAGGAUAGCUAUGACGACAUUGGGGUCAUGAAUCUCCCUUCACCCCUUCCCCCUGGAGGACAUCCCAACCUAAAAAUUGAGGCAGAGUUGAGUGAUGAAGAGAUGUAUGAAGACUUAGAGGAGAGAUGGAUUGAACAGGAGGCUAAAGGAUUGAAAGAAACCAACGAAGUGAAAGGGCAAGAGAAGAAGAGCGACAAAGAGGAGAAGAAACGACUAGAGCAGGAGAAGAAAAUGCAGAAAUCCAGAGAGAAGAAGGAGCAAGAGGCAAAGAAAAAGUACAAGCUCUCAGGGCCGAUUCAGGUGAUUCACAAAGCCAAGGCUCAGGUGGAAUGUAAAGGAGGAAAGACUGACCUGCCACUAACACAGGGAGAGACUAUAGAUAUCAUACGCAUCACUGACAACCCAGAGGGACGUUGGCUGGCCAGGAACAAUGAGGGAAACUAUGGCUAUGUAAGGACUGAGGCAGUGGGCAUUGACUAUGACCUUAUAAAGGAGCAGAAGAAAGGACCCCUACCUAACCAGUCUGAGGAAAAGCCUGAGGUUUACGAUGAUGUAGGCAUCCUGGACAAUGCCUGCAGUGGGGUCAAGGUCCAACAAGCUGAAGAUGGUGAUAUCUAUGAUGAUGUGGAUGGAUCCAAUCAAAACAGAUUUCCCCCUCCACUACCUAAAGAGGGAGACGAGAUUUAUGAUGACGUGGAGUCCCAGAGCUUCACUGCCCCUCCUCCUCCUCCCAACAGUCUCCCUCAGCUGACACCUACGGGAAAGCAAGAGGUGAUGGACCCCAAGAAGAAAAAAAAGUUUGAGAAAGAGGAAAAGGAAUUCAGGAAAAAAUUCAAGUUUGAAGGGGAGAUCCAGGUGUUAUAUGAUGUUACCAUAGAUCCUACCUUGGACAGUAAGAAAUGGGGGAAUAAAGACCUACAGUUGAAGCCAGGAGAGGUGAUCGAUGUCAUUGUGAAGCCAACAGACGGCAAACUGAUUGGCAGGAAUAGAGACGGGAAGUUUGGUUAUGUGUCCAUGGUCAAUGUUGCACAGGAUGGUGGAGAUGUUUAUGACGACAUAGGAGAAAGCUGCAUUUAUGACAAUGACUGAGACUUCUGUGUCAGAAUGUACUGAGACAACCAGCACUGAAUCUGCAAUGCAUUGCUUUUCUUUUCUUUAUUUUAUCUGGUGAAAAAACACAUUACUUCAACUGUUUAAUUGAUUGUCUUGAAAUAACUAUAGAUAAAUGUGCCUUGACUAUA